AGCUCCAUCCAUCCUUUAUCCUGACCCGAUGACGGGUCCCCACGGUGCAUCAGACACUUCACCACCGUCGCCUUGGGACUGCUAUGCUAGAAGAGUCUCGGCCAGCAUUGACCUUGUCCAGUAAAAGGUACGAUCGUUCCAGCUUGGUGCGGCCACCAAGCCAAGCGACGCCCCGCGAAGCCAGCUCGGACAAGGGCUCACGACCCAUCAUCGCUUCCGCCUCGAGCCUAUCCAAAAAUGGCGCAAAUAAGCACCCCAUCUGAUUACCUGCAUCUAUCGCUCGCCACGGAGCCAUCAUUCUCCUCCUCACCCUCGACGCGCCUCCGCAACACCCCGUCAAAGCAGCUCCGCCGCGCGCUCAACGUCCGGCAGCGCAAGCUGUGGCCGUCGCUGCUAGCCGUGAUCCGACGUGAGCAAGUGCAAGAUGAACACGGGUCGCGGGUGUCGUCUCUGCAAGCGUACGAUGCACAGCAGGCCCGUGGCGUCGUCAGAGAUGUGCGUCGGCAUAAUGUGGGGCAGCUGCAAGGCCAGUUGCUAUCAAUUCCGGACAACCUGGCAAGGCGGACGCGAGCGCGAAUGCGGGCACGCAUGCUGCCGGCUGAGAGUGGAGGGAUACAAGGAAUGCCCUCGGUGCGCUUUCUUUUCGCGUCGCUCGCGCUCCUCGGCUCCCUGGCCGAUAGCGCACGCGGCGCCGUCGACGCGCCGCACCACGCCCCGUUCGCCUCAUCGCUCUACCCGUCUUCCGCCCUGAGCGAUCAUACAGGCAGAACAGCGCUGACACCACGCACACGCUUCCUCGCCGCGAUGCAGGAUGUGCAGCGCAAAGGACACGCCGCUGCUGCCGCGCUCAACUACGCCGGCGGCCGUGGCCGCCGUAUAGGGUGGGUACAAGGCAGAGGCAGAGGCGGAGCAGCGGCUGCAGCGGGCGGUAUUGCGCAGCUGGGCAUGCAGGACGCACUCAUAUUGAUCGGUGCUGCUUUUGCCACAGUCCUUCUGACUCUCCUGUUGCGUCGAACGGCAGUCAAGCGGCACGGCUCGCUGGCUCGCUCGAGAACGACGGUGGUGCCGCUACCUUUGGAUGCGUACGAGCCAAAGCGCGCAGCGGACGACGUUGAGGUGGUACAGGAGGACGAUGGAGACGAGGCGUUUGUCGAUGAUGACGACAACGACUGCGAAAUGAUUGCGCUCGUUGUUGCCUCUGGUAAUCCUGCGAUGGAGAGUGGCAUGGACAGCGCGCUGUCUUCGCCGAUGAUCCCGGGCGUGACGGCCGCGGAGGGGACGACGUUUCUAGCCCGCACUGGCUCCAUCAGGCGCCUGCUCUCUGCUGCCACAGGUGGCAUAAUACCGGCCGACGCGGCCGGCAAUGCGAGCACGGCUGCGGCACCACCACCAGCAUCAUCAGCAACAGCAGCGCGCAGUGCGACGCUAGAGGACCUCCCGCCUAGUCCGCCCUCGAAGCACUUAUCGCCUGUCCUUGCGUCCAUAUCCACAUCCGCAUCGGUCCAGGCACAUACACACGCUGCGACGCUGUCGAUCGUGCGCAUCACCAGCUCGGACCCAACGAGCGUGCUAUGCAUCGCGCCGAUCCAGCUCGCAUUGCAGCCUGGCGGCGGGCUCGCGCGUGUCGACCCCAAGGCGACUGGCGCGACUGUGUUGGGUGGUGACACAGGAAGUGGCAGUGCAUGCACCACGAGGGCCGGGCACGCGCAGCUUGCGCCCCCGCUCGAUCCGUUACGGCGCGAUGGCACACCCGUGUCUGCCGGCAAUGUCUCGACGAGCCGCAGGCGCAGGGAGAGCGGGCGGCUGCUUGCCGCCCCCUCCCCAUCUUCCUCGUCGUUGCUUCCUAAAGGCUCAGCAUUAUCCCCAACGGCGAACACGUUGCCGGACGACGCACAAGUCGGGGGCGAGGGCGGCGCGAAUGCGGACAUAAAUGCGAAUGGCAGCGCGCAUGGCUACGAUGCACAGAGCAGGAGCGAAUCCGCGUCCACGUUCACCUCCACUUCCGCUCCGGUACCAGCACCCGCGUCUCCAAGCACAGGCACGAGAGCCACCGCGAUGCCAUCCACGCCAGCGGCGCUGACGAACAGGCGCAGACAGAGUGCGCCGGUGGUCAAGAGCACCGUCGUCGGCCAGCACACUGCGGCCGCACGCCGCGCCAAUCGCGGGCGCCUGUCUGCUUCGCCGCUGCGCAAAGUGCGCCUGCAGCAGCAACUCGGCGCAUCGCCUAACGGCAGCGGCGCAGGGGCCAGGAUACUCGACAUGGACGACGACACGUCAACCGAGACCGAGACCGAGACGGACUCUUCAUUUGACGAGGCAGACAGGGCUGACAACGUCAGCAAACCCAGAACAGCAGGUCGAGCUGGCCGCAGAGCACUCAAGCGCAAUAGCACCGCACUGUCGCUGCAGUUGACGCUGCCGACGCCGAUCCUGAAGCGCGCCCCGGAGCGCUUCAAGGCAUCGCAGCUCAGUGUUGUCGCUGGUGCCAGUGCCGGUGGUUUGGGCAUGGGGCUGAGAGCGUCAAUGAGUUCGACGGACGUGUACGCUCUGGCCAAUUCAGCAGUUGGGAAUGCUGGCACUGGUUCUGGCCAGGUGUCGCCCUCAAGCUUUGCCGACUCCGCAAGCGGUGGCCGUGACGACGGUAUGGCCUCCUCGUGGCUCAAGGAUCACUUCGGCAGUACGCCUUCCACAGCCUCGCCUCCGCCGACGCAUACGCAGCUCAAUUCUGCCAGUAUCAACAGCAUUAGCGUCAGCAACCAGUUGUGGCCCACCAAGCGCCCGCGUAUUAUCAAGCUCACCGAGCCCAACUGGGCACCGUACGUCUCCGUGCACGAGCGCGCGCGUGAACGGCAGCAGACAGCUGCAUUCGCGAUGCAUGCUGCGGUACAGGCGAAGGCUGCCGCCGGCAAGGGGGCCGCCUUGGUGCCGCUCGGCGAUAUCAACGGCAGUGGCAUCGUGUACGCGACAGCCGCAGAAAGGAGCGACGCGGGUGCCAGUGGUGAUUGGAUGACCGUAAAUGGAGCGAGCUUCUUGCCGCAUCCUCAGCUGCAACAGAUACAGCAGCAAGCGAAGAAUGCAAAUGUCAACGGCAAGGGCACCAUUAGCGUUGAAGCGGGCGCGGGAACCGGUGUCGGGAGUGGCUCCGAGUCCGGCGGCUCUAGCUCGAGCAACACGACGCUCACAGACAACUCGGAGUUCUGGUUUGAGCGCUUCACGCAGAGCACCGCUGCAGCGGGAAAGGAUUGGGACUGGCGCAAACGGCGCGCAAGGCAGUUGCAGAUGCAAGCGCAGGCCUGGUCUGCUGCAGGCGCCGCCGAGCAUCAGCAGCAGCAUCAGCAGCAGCAGCAACAGCAGCAGCAACAGCAGCAACAACAGCAGCUGCUCUCGCCAGGCCCUACGUCAUACAUGCAUGGGAAAAUGCAGCAGAUGCAACAGAUGCAGCAAAUGGUCCUCAUACAGCAGAUGCAGAUGCAGCAGGGGCAGCAACAACAGCUUAACGGCCAACAUCCUUAUCCCGGCCACGGGGGCCUCGGCAACAUGAGUCUCCUCGACACGCAUCUACAACGUGCUAACAGAAGUUCGUCGAGGCAAGCCGAGGUGCUUCCCCGUGACUCUUCGGUGUCGCCGCGAUUACCGUCGAAGCAGCCUCUCGUUGCCUCUCCUUCUGCCACCACUGCUGGACAAGAAUUACCUGCGCCUGGGCUGCAAAGUGUUCCAAAUGGCCUCGCCAAAGGCGCUGAGCGCACCGGCACCGGCACCCGCGCAUUGUUGCAGUCUUCGCCGACGUCAGAAGCGACUUCGCUCGAGGCGGAGUCAGUAUCGGCGAUCGAUGGACCUGCUAAGUCGCUGCGGGGGCGUACCGGCUCGUCCAUUGCGCUGUGGAAGAUGAUGGGCUUGCGCAGCUCCUCGUCUGGCGAAGCGGGCCGCAAGGAGAAAGACUCGUUCAGCGCAAAGCGGUCUCUAUCGCCACCCCAAGCCGACCAAAAUGCUGGGCGGACAAGGCGUGCGUCCAGCUCACAGGUCGGUGAGAAUCCUCUCGCUGCUCAGCCCUCUCUGCUGAGCGUGCCUAACCGCUUCAGUAGCCUGCGCCCAAAGCAGCCACGCAACGCCAGCCUAGACAGCGCCAAGAAAGUCACAGUCGCUCAAUUGCUCGCGGAGGCGGAAGCAUUCGUCGAUGACCAGAUGAUGAUUAUGACGAAAGAGGACGAAUCCGAAUCUGUUUUCAUCUUGCAGCAGACCCCACGAGGCAGUUUCAGCGGCAGUAACAGCAGCGGCAACGGCCAAAGUAUGCCACGCUCCAUGUCGCCGAUCUCUUCCUCAGGCUUGCCUGUCGCCGCUUGGGGAGGCCAGCGGUCGUCCAGCCCGACUGUGUCGUCGCCCAUCGAAGGCGCGGAUGGACUACCACGCAGCUCGGCGGAUGCUUAUGGUACAGCUUCUGUCGCCUGUUCCGCGUCCUCUGCGGCUUCGACCAAGAGUGCCAGCGUCGGCCCAGCACAGGGCACGCGCAUCUCGUUGCAUGCGUCUUAUGAGAGCUUGCCAAGCCAAAGUUCGUACAGCGAUUCGGGAACACGCAACGACGCAGUCCUUCAGCGGUUGACCAGCAGCUCGGAGACAAAUUUACCUAUGACCUCCCAAGGCGCUGAUGGCUCUUCUCCACCAGCCAAUAUACGCGUCUACCUGGCCGCAUGAAUGGAGGAACAGGCUCCAAUGGCGCCAUGCUUGGUGCUCGCUUUGGAAAACGAUACCAACGUCAGAGCGGCUCUGCCGCUUCGGCCUUGC